UCAUGAGGAUGUCCCGAGUCUUCGGCGAAAAUUAAGCGCGCUGUUUCUCCUAGGCUACUCUUAGCUGCCUCCACACGGGCUCCGCGCCGAUUCAUUUGAACAGCACCGCAGUCUGCACACUUUCAUCUGUACUUGAUGCGCCCGGAUAUCUUCAUAAGAAACCCCCUCUCCCCGCCGUCUUGAAAAACAACAGAUCGAUCCCGCUGGCGUUAAAGUACGCGUCGAGGAAAGUUUGUGUGCCUGCGCAUGUAUGUACAUUGAUUGUUCACCUGCGUCAUUCCCACUGAACAAUAAAGCCAGAAAACGCGCAGCUGCCUUCAUAUAAUGACCUAAAAAAUUAAAAGGAUUAAAGGACAGGUUUAAAUGGGUUGAAGGUGUACAUCUCUAUUUUCCCGCACACGAGAAUAAACGCAUACAGGCUGACCAGUUUGGCUGUGUCCGUGUGCUAACUUAAUUUACUUAAUUCAGUACAAAGCACACCUCAGCUAUAAUUACUUCAGGGUGGAAAGAGACCGUCAAAACCCUUUUACAGAUCCUGUCUUUUGUGCUGCAAUGUACCACAGCACAACCGGACACGGGCGUGCAGAGCACACCUAAGGAAAGGCGAUGUUAGAUAUGAUUGGCAAAGACAUUAUUCUAUCCUUGCUAUCCUGCCGUUCCGGGAUUACUGUGACGUCACAUUGAUACCCUUGCAUGGAUGAAUGCUAAAGAACUAUAGAGGCACAAAUAAUAGCACGAGAAGAGCCCAUAUCUUGCAAGACUUACGUUAUCGUUUUAACCCUCUUCAGCUAAAGCACAAUAUCAGUAUUUUUUGUUACCGUUUUCUUUUUUUAAAAAAAUUCUACCUUUUAUUAUUUCCUUCGGUGGAUCAAAACCUCCUUACUGCAGUGAACUGUAUACUACAUGUCAUGCUAAGUCUUCUAAGUGCAAUGAUGUAUUAUUGAGCAAAAGGCCGUAGGUGGAAAUGUGUGUAAGAAGGUGCUUUUGAAGUAGAUUUGGUUACAAUCGAUCGGGGGAAAAUAAUAUUGCCGAUGGUCACGAAAGAAGCAGCUAUGUCUUUCUCUCAGUUCGGAUAUCCUUAUAACGCAACUUCUCAGUUUUUCGUGUCAGCAAACUCCAGUACGACUUGCUGCGAUUCAGUUUCCAGGUCGGUAUCGGAAGGGUCCACCAGCUCAGCGCAAGCUGCGGCGGCUCUCUGCUGUCCGUCUUACGAGAACCGGCUGCUGGCGAGCACACGGACCGAGCUCAACGCGGCUCUCGGUGUGUACGGUUCCCCUUACGCCGCGGCGGCUGCCGCCAGCCAGAACUACGCCAACUACUUCUCCUACAGCCCGGACCCCGCUGCUCUGUACAGCACGCUGAACCCUCAGUACGACAUCAAGGAAGGAGCUGGAAGUUUGCACUCCGGGAUCUCGCAGUCUGCCGCCUAUUACCCCUACGAGCACUCCCUGGGACAGUACCAGUACGACAGGUACGGGCCUGUGGAUUUCAAUGGCACAGCCAGGCGAAAAAAUGCCACCAGGGAAACCACCAGUACCCUCAAAACCUGGCUGUACGAGCACAGGAAAAACCCGUACCCCACCAAGGGGGAGAAAAUCAUGCUGGCCAUCAUCACCAAAAUGACCCUCACGCAAGUGUCCACCUGGUUCGCCAACGCCAGGAGAAGGCUAAAGAAGGAGAACAAGAUGACCUGGUCUCCCAAAAACAAAGCAGGAGAUGAACGAAAAGAGGAACUUGAGAAACAGGACCAUGAAAAUGACCUGGACUCUGUCAACAAAGAUGCCAAGGAGUGUAAAGAGGAGAAGGAUCUGAGGCUGAGUGACCUCGAGGACAUGGACGAUGAGGACUGUGACAAGCUGGACAGCGACGGCGAGAAGGCGUCAAGGGGCGAGCCAGGUCUCCGGAGAGCCCUGGCCACCGAGCCUCCAAAAAGAGACUGCAGCCUGGCCCUGGCCAUCCCCAAUAACCUUCACGCAUUUCCGUGCAAUAACAAGGGCCUCGGAGCUGUGGCGUCAGACUUCUUGGACAGUCCCGUGACUAAACCAGCAGGGGUCGUCCCCACCACUGGUGUAGCCCUGUCGCAUUUUGAAGCAGCGGAGAAGCCCAGAAUCUGGUCUCUGGCCCGCACGGCGGCCACCAGUGUCAUACUGGGUCCCACCCACAGCAGUAGCGAGGCCAGGACUGGUGGCAUGGACUGCCAGCUGCAAGCCGGAAGACUUUCCAUGGUGAGUGGGGGUCAGUACAGAGAACUGCGGUGCCUUCAGGACCUGCCGAAUUCUGAAACGUCGUUUCCAGAUGCACCUCACUCCCACAGCAAGAUGUACAGAACUCCAGGGCUUAAUUAUAAGCCCCUGCAGCUCCACUGCUCCUCAUACCCAGUGCUACCCGAAACCUGCCAGUACUCGUCUCUCGAAGGCUUUGGAAGAAGCGCAAAAUCGGAGCCAGACUCCACAGACCUCAGAGACGCGUGCUCAGUGCAGCAGGACGACAAAGUCACUGCGUUCAGGCCUGUGCUGAAGAGGUGAGGAAGGUUGACAGAGGUGUAGCCGAUAACCGCUGGGAAAAUCGUGUAACUUCAAUAAUGCACUAAGAAUCUGCGACAGAGAAACUAAGCUCCGAGCUGUCAGCUGUGACUUCUGCGACUUUUUUAGUCACCACAGAGACUCUAGAAACUGUGAAUGCAGCCAUAGAAUUUUUGCACAAUAUUGUUUAUGCUGAGGGCGUCUGUAUGCAAGUCUUAAUAAGAAUGCAACGGUUUCGGAACUAGAACUAGUUUCUUAUUUAUGCACUGGGCAAUCGUAGCGUAGAAUUAUAAUUUAUUUAUUCUUUCGUAAUUCAUGUGUCUCCUCAAUGACAUCAUCUGAUUAUGUUGCAAACGUGUUAUAUGUAUUGCUAGAUGUCAUAUUUUUAUGUUCAAUUAAAAAAAAUGCUUAGCGUUUUUAUAGGUCGUUGCGUCCAGAGAGGAAUCUUCCGGAAAACAUUGCGUGUCGUUACUUUAAAAAUACAAAAUACACCGUGACUUUUCUCCGAGAGUUUGUGAGAUUUUUCUGUCAUGUAUAAAAUAUUUUAUAAGAAUGCAAUUAAAAAAUGUUUCUGAGUCCCGAUUUCCAGUUUGAUAUACAUUCAAACGGCGAAUUAAAAUGUUGCUAGUUCAGCUCUUGAUCAAAGUUUAUCUUUUUGACUCGAUUCAUAAAAAUGGAGCAUUGUUAGUAGGUCAUAAUUCAGUCAAGGGCAUUAAUGAACUUUACAAGACAAGGAAGAAAGAGGACAGCGUCUCUCCAUUGUCUUUAUUUAAUUAGAAAUGGCAUCAGACACUUUCCUACUGUUCAGACUAAAAACGAGGCAGGAAUACGGAAUGAAUGCAUCUUUGUUCCCUGUGUCGAGGAGCCGUUGCAAUAAUUCAAUAAUUGUGGUAACUAAGAGGUCACUUAUAGAUCACACCGAUAAGGACCAUUCUCGUGGUUCAUCUGGGUCAACAACCGCUUUAACUAUUUUGUGGUCUCUGCAGUCUUACCCAGUAACUGCCAUUAUAAAACUGCUGUAAAAUAAACCCACAUUAGUAUGCCAUUGUAUGUUCGUGUAUUUGAGGCUGUACGCGUAGUCAUCGGAGUUUCACUUGUGGAGGACAAAUGAGAGGAAAUGGAACGUUAUAUAUAUAACAUUAAAAGCAUGCUGUAACCGCACACUAAAUGUUUUUGUUUUAUGUAUGGAUAAAGUAUGAGGCGCGGAGAGGGGGUUGUUUUCAAAUCUCUUCCAUUUUUCUAGAUUUUAAUUAAAAAACACCU